ACUCACCGCCUCCCGUCCCCCUUGGCAGCACACGGUGUCGGACGGCGAGGGCCGCGAGCACCACUACGACCGCGGCGAGCCCAUCAUCUUCAUCGGGGGAAUGCCUCGCUCGGGCACCACCCUCGCCCGGGCCAUGCUGGACGCCCACCCCAACAUCCGCUGCGGCGAGGAGACCCGGGUGGUGCCCAGGAUCCUGCAGAUGAGGCAGCAGUGGAAGCGCUCGCCGAAGGAGUCCAUGAGGCUGGAGGAGGCGGGCGUCACCGACGAGGUGGGUGGUUCUUUGAAGCCGUACUCCUCUCGUUUGAUCCUGGACAUUGUGGUAAACCACGGCCAGCCCGCGUCCCGUCGGUGGGAAACAAAGGAGACCCAUUCACACUCAAUCAGCCACGUAGAUCUGUUAAACUGUUCCCCAAUAGCCAAGUUCCUGUUCAUGGUACGAGAUGGAGGGCCACUGUGCAACUCCAUCAUUUCUCAGGUAACAAUCACAGGCUUUGACCUGUCAUCAUACAAGCAGUGUUUACAAAGGUGGAAUAAUGCCGUUCAGACCAUGAACACGCAGUGCAGUGAGCUUGGGCCAGACCGGUGCUUACCAGUGUACUACGAGCAGCUGGUUCUGCACCCUGAGGAGUGGAUGAAGAAGAUCCUGACCUUCCUGGAAGUGCCAUGGGAUGAUGCCGUUCUGCACCAUGAGGAGUUCGUCAACAAGCCAGGCGGAGUCUCCCUGUCCAAGGUCGAGCGUUCGAGUGACCAAGUGGUGAAGCCGGUGAACCUCGAUGCACUGAGCAAGUGGGUCGGCCAGAUCCCAAAAGAUGUGGUUGAAGACAUGGCCAACAUUGCACCCAUGCUGGCUGUGCUGGGCUACGACCCGAAUGGCAACCCUCCAAACUAUGGCUCUGCAGACCCAAUUGUAGCCAACAACACGAAACGCAUCCAGAGGGAGUCCAACGUGUGGCAGGACCGAGCCCAAGAAGUGCUCAGUCUCUCCAAGCACAGGAGAGGAGAUAACACAUGAUGACCUCGAAGAGUUUCGUCUCUCAUUUCUGUUUUUUUUUUCUUCUUUUGUUACUACUUUUUAAUUAUAAAACACCCGGAAUCCGAUCCUCCUCAAAGGUCUUAAUUGGGGCCUGAAGGGAGGUUUGUGUUUUCAAUUUAUUAGGUACAUUUGUGGCAUUGUAGGUGUUCAUAUUAGGCAAACAUUACACCCUCAUUCUUUUAUAUUCUAUUUUCAAUAUUAUUAUUGACCUUUCUUCUACAAAGAGACUAUAUAUGAAACUUGUCAUCACUUGUCAUCAGGGUUUUCAAUAUUUAUAUCUCUCACUUCUACUACUAAAUGUGUAUUGGUACAAAAGAUAGAGUUAUAAUGUGACAAGCUGCAAACAGCCAGACAUUUGAAUAGAUAAAUAAAUAGAUGAAUACAUAUACUUAUAUAUAUAUUUAUUUAUUUAUUUAUAUAUACAUCAUGUAUCAUAUAUUAUGUAUGUAUAUUAUAUUACAUAUAAUAUGAUAUAGAUAUAUAUUAUAUGUGUACAAGAUAAUCCAUUUAUGUCCAGAAAAACAUUAAACUUUUGAGGAUUAUGUGAAAAUACCUCAUUAUGGAGCUUUUAUGUGAGUGAAAAGAAAAGCUUAAACAAUAUUUUUGUUUUUAGAAGUCACAUUCCAUGACAUUGCUUCUUAAAAUACAAUCUAGCAAUCUCAGCAAUGAAGUUAUACUUCCAUGUGCAAUAUAAGAUAGCAACAGCUGUAUCCAAUUAUUAAAUUUCACUUCAGAGUUAUCUUAAUAAAGUGUCAUAUGUUACAAUUAGUAAACUUCAAUAAUCGUAAUACAUAAUCAGUGUAUGUUACUUUAAGGCACAGAACAUUGCCAGUAAAGAGUGUGAAGCAAGACAGUGUCAUAAGAGCAAUGCAGUUAAGUGGAGAAUUUACACAUCAUUGAAGAAACUCUAACAUGUAAAAAUCUGUUUUAUUGUUUCAAGAACAAAUGAUUGGAGUUGAUUUCAAGUGUAGGCUUUGUGAUUUAUAAGCCUCUUGUAUUAUUUUGUGGAAAUGACUUGUCUGAAAAACAUCUUUAAAACAUGUUAUUCUUUAAAAAAAAUCAUUGCACCUGUAUAUGAUUUAUUGCUUUCUUUUGGAUGCAUAUUUUCUUGUACAGUUUCUUUGCUCUCUUUAUUCCACAUAAUGUAUCUCUUUAGGCAGUCCAUAUCUGUGAUACAGUCUUGCUAUACAUAUAUAUAUAUACAUCAUUGGCCCUCAAGUGGCAUUCCAGAAUUCAGGUUCCAAUGUGUGAAUGUCAUUUAGUUUGUUGCUUCAUGUUUUUCAUCUGGGAUACUGUUUUAUCAUUACAUGGUGCUUUAGAGUAUAUUAAUCAGUAAUCAUUUUUAAAAAAGAAAAUAUGGAAAUAACAGGAAGCAUGUUUGCUCUUUACACUGAGUGGUUGGACUUGUGGCACUGUGGGAAUGAGGUAAUUGUAAAGUUAAUUGCCAUAAUACAAGUAGUACUUUGGUGACUGAUUUAUUGUAUACAAAAUGUGAACUGAUGCAGCCAAGCCGGAGGAUUUUGACUGCUCUGGUUUUAUGAUAUCUCUUCCAUACAUAAAUGUGAGGAUUUUUG